UCCUUUCUAGUUUAUUUCUUAAAGCGGACAAAAUGGUUCAACGUUUGACUUUGAGAAGACGUUUGUCUUACAACACCAAAUCYAACAGGAGGCGUAUUGUGCGCACACCUGGCGGUCGCCUUGUGUACCAAUAUGUAAAGAAGAACAAGACCGUCCCAAAGUGCGGUCAAUGUAAAGAGAAGCUAAAGGGUAUUCGUCCCACACGCCCAUGCGAACGUUCCCGCUUGUCGAAACGUCAAAAGACCGUUGCCCGUACCUACGGUGGUGUUUUGUGCCACAGCUGUCUGCGUGAACGCAUYGUUCGUGCCUUCCUUAUUGAGGAGCAAAAGAUCGUAAAGGCGCUGAAGAGCCAACGUGAAUUGUUGGUGAAACCAGUUAAGCCCGUUGCUGARAAGAAACCCGCCAAGGCGCAAGCCAGCAAAUCUGCGGGAGGCAAAUCGGCAGCCAAGAAACCCGCCCAGAAAUCCACUGGUAAAUCCAAGAAGUAAACAAUUAAAAUUGGACUAGCAUUGGACGGGGGUGUUUCUAUUUAAAAAAAAAGAAGUUGGAGAAGAGUGUAAAAAUUGAAGUGUACGUUGUAACGUAUAAUGGAUGAGCAAAAAUAAAAGCGCUGUUCUUUUUUAAAAUGAA